AUGACUUCCGAUGAAAGUUACAAGUACGAAUUCGAUGUUCCCGAGGAGAAUGAACGUCUAGCUGGGCAGCACCAGGCUGUCAAGCUUGGAAUGGGAAAAUUAGUAUUGGCUCCAAUGGACAUCUCGCGUGAAGGCCUCAGAAUCCUUGACGCCGGUACCUCAGACGGCUACUGGCUGAAGGAGAUUGGUCCUUCUUUGCUUCAUCGUCAAACAUGUGAAUUGAUUGGGACUGAUAUCACGGGUGAAAGGUUCCCAGAAAAGCCUGAAGGGAUGAAACUAUUUGUGCAAAACUCUGUGGGCCCUUUUCCCGACUCAUGGGCUCAGUCUUUCGAUCUUGUGCACCAACGCUUUACCCUUAGCGGGAUCCCAAACUAUAAAGAGUGCGUUUCUGCGCUUCUCGGUUUGGUCAAGCCAGGUGGCUGGAUCCAGCUAGUGGAACCGGAGGACAUCUCUUCUGAACCGAAUGGUCCUCAAGUGAAGCGGUUCGCGAAUUUGGUCAAAAUCUUUGCCAUUAACUCGGGCUCGGACUUGGGAUUCCAGAAUGGAGGACUCGAAUCAGCGUUAAGGGAAGCUGGGUUCAACCGUGUCGGAACUAUGGUGGCCCCUGUUUCUUUUGGCGCCGAAUGCCCAGAGCCUAACAUGCGUGAGCAAACAGUGAAAGCAUAUUGUCACACUGCUUCUCAAUUCCUAAAUUCCUACAAACGCCAUAACAACGAUAUCGACGGAAUGAACCCUACUGGAUUUGACUCAUACAUCCCUCGCUUAGCUGAUGAGCUGAGAGAGAAGGGGGGAUACGCGGCUGUACGAGUUGUCUGGGCACAACGCCCAUUCUGA